CUGCUGCUGCUGCUGCUGCUGCUGCUGCUGCUGCUGCUGCUGCUGCUGCUGCUGCUGCUGCUGCUGCUGCAGACAGUCAGUGUUGAUACCACUACCACAGCAGACAUGGGUCGAGGGGCGUUAGUAAUCUUGGCAUUGUUAGGGGCGAGUUCAGCUCUGUCACCAUCCACAUACCUCACUCCUGGGGACAAGGAACGACUGAAGCUUGUCCUUGACCCAGCGUGGUCGCUCUCUGACCUUGCCCAAGUUCUCUAUGCCUCAGCUGGUUACAAACACUUAGGUCAGGAGAUUCCCAACAUAGAGGGUGUGUGUAAUUUUGUCAAGAGCUCAGCUACUGAUGGAGCCACUGUUGAGACACUGUUCUUGGCAUCUUCAGCUGGUAAAGCUCUGGGAUGUCCCAUAGCUGCUUCUUCAGCAUCUGUUCAGGCAGUGAGUGAUGCCAUCAGAGAAGGAGCUUCAUCUCAAGAGCUUUUCCAUGCUGUUACUGCUGCUGCCAAUCUUGGUGUGGAUCUAGACACUGCCAAAGUCCUUCGUGCCACUCAGAUGGCUUUGAAGAAGGACGACAGUGUGUUGAGCCUUGGUUAUGCUUUCCAUGUUGGGGCACAACUGAAGGGAGAAGUUGGAAGUAUCUUUGAGAGGAUUGAAGAUGCAAUUGUACAAGCAGAUGAAGUUGAUGGACGUAUACUGCAGUUUGAAGGCGGCCUUUCAAUAACUGCUUUAGUCCUUAGCGGUGCCUACAAGUUAGCAGAAACUACAAACAAAGUACCUCCCAUAAAACCAGACCAAGCUGUCAAGUUCGCAAAUUACCUCAUGUCUCGCAAAUCUGUCCAAUUGUCUAAAGGCGUGUACUACCUGCUGGAGGCAGUAUCUAUGUUCACAAAUAACAAGUUCCAUGUGCCAGUGGCAAUUACCUUAGCAAGCAAUGUUGCUGUAAGUGCAGAGGCUCCAAAUAUACAGGUGCGAGUAACAGAUCUUGAAGGUUAUAGUUUGGGGCCAUUGAAGGUGACUGCUGACUCAGCAACAAGAGUCUCCGAUGAAGUGGUUAUUAUAUCAAAAGAACCUCUAGUGCCUCUCUCAGCUGCUGAUGGUGUUUAUGAGCUAGAUGUAAUGUCCAGAGGUCCUCACCGAGGAUUUUAUCGUCUGGUGGUAAGCGUAGAUGCUUCAGACUCUCGCCUUGUUGGCCACACUGAUGCUCAACUCACCUUCAAAGUUCUUACUGCCAUAGACAUCCAAGGAGUGGAGAUUGGAACUGCUGACUCUGACCAGUCUACUGCACCAAAUCUUCAAAAAGUGACUUAUCCAAACACCCUCCCAGAAGUCCUGGUAGCUGAUCAACACCAGCGUGUGAUGCUGCGAUUUCUGGUCAGAGAUACAGCAUCUGGGAGACCCACUGAAGUUCAUCAAGCAUUUGUGAAGAUCACUCACAUUGAGUCCAAGCGUGAGAUUAUCUUUGUUGCUGAGACAGAUUCAAAUGACAUCUAUAAAUUUGAUAUUGAUGUGAGCAGCAGCAUGAAAGAGUUUGGAGGUGUAAGUGGGGUCUACUCUAUAGAGUUGAUUAUUGGUGAUGCAUCUAUAAGUAACCCCACCUUAUGGCACAUUGCUGACUUGUCUCUCACGUUUCCUGAAUCUACCAUUCCUUCAUCACCUCAAGAUUACACAUACAAGGUUCGUCCAGAGAUCCACCACGUGUUCCGUAGCCCCGACCCACGACCAUCAACCGUCAUGUCUACAACAUUUACUGUCUUGUGUAUCUUGCCAUUGUUCCUGUUGUUGCUUAUAGUAAGUGCUUUGCCUGUUUUUACGGAGACAAAACUAAAAAUUAUUUACUGUCCAUUGGUAAUAGAGUUGUGGAUGAGUGGAACAAGCUCCUGAAUACAGUUAUUAAGGCUAAAACGUUGUGUAGUUUUAA